AACGCUGCCUAGGCAAACGAAAGGCUCCGAAAGCAGCGCUGCAAUGCACACACUUGCCGCAGACUGAGCAUGCGUCAAUCCAAAGCCAACGGCGCUCACCCGUCCCCGGAGCGAGAAAUGACGCCCAGCGCAUGCGCGUUGGUUCAAGCAACGGUGGCCGACGAGGUUCGCACUCCUGCUACCUUCCGUGAUGCGCUGAUUCGCAGGACCGCAUUCUAACCGGCAUUCAACGAGGUGUUAUCGCCGCCUAAGGCUACCUCCUCCGCCUAAGGCUGCCUCAAGGGACGCUCGGAAGGUCUCUUUCCUGCGUAAGCGGGGCUGCUGGCUUUUACCGCCCCGCCGCUCAGGUCCUGCUUCCACAUGUCCGAGUCGGGGCACAGCCAGCCUGGGCUGUACGAGCGCCGUCGCCGCUGGAACCGUGACAAGGAGCUGGGUCACCAGAGCCUGUCUGGGCCGGGUCGGGAUCGUGACUACGUCCCCUGGGAUCGUGAGCGAGACCGGCGGGACCCAGUGGAUGAGCCGGUGGGAACCGUGAUGCAGAAGACACCCAUCAUCCUGGCCAAGCCACCUGCAGAAAGGUCCAAGGGGACCCCAACCCCCACUCCUGCUCCAGCGCCUGCCGCCACCCCUGCCAUAGAGAAGCCGAUUGUGCUGAUGAAGUCGCGGGAGGAAGGCAAAGGUCCCGCGGGGGCAACGGAGACAUCCGCUCAGCCCCCCGCUGCUGUCGCCAAGGUGGAGAAGGAGGGCCAGCGCCCCACACAGCCGGUCUACCAGAUCCAGAAUCGGGGCAUGGGCUCAACCGCACCCAGCAGCGUCAUGGACCCUGUGGUUGGCCAGGCCAAGCUGUUAGCCCCGGAGAAGAUGAAGCACAGCAUCAAGCUGGUGGACGACCAGAUGAACUGGUGUGACAGCGCCAUUGAGUAUCUCCUGGACCAAACAGAUGUGCUGGUGGUUGGAGUGCUGGGGCUGCAGGGCACAGGAAAAUCCAUGGUAAUGUCACUGCUGUCUGCCAACCAGCCUGAAGAGGAUCAAAGGACCUAUGUGUUCCGUACUCAGAGCCAGGAGAUCAAGGAGCGUGGGGGCAACCAGACCAGUGGUAUCGACUUCUUCAUCACUCAGGAGCGUAUCAUCUUCCUUGACACUCAGCCCAUUCUCAGUCCCUCCAUUCUAGAUCACUUGAUCAACAAUGACCGCAAGCUGCCUCCGGAGUAUAAUCUGCCUCAUACUUACGUUGAGAUGCAGUCCCUCCAGAUUGCUGCUUUCCUCUUCACUGUCUGUCAUGUGGUCAUCGUGGUACAAGACUGGUUUACUGAUCUGAGCCUGUACAGGUUCUUGCAGACAGCUGAGAUGGUAAAACCCUCCACUCCGUCUCCCAGUCACGAAUCCAGCGGCUCCUCUGGCUCGGAUGAGGGCACAGAAUACUACCCACACAUUGUUUUUCUCCAGAACAAAGCCAAGAGAGAGAACUUCUGCCCCCGGAACCUGAAGCAGAUGCACCUGGUUAUUGACAAGAUUAUGAUGCACUCUCACCUGAAAUAUAAGGGCACCCUCUCCAUGCUGGAAUGCAACAUAUUUCCUGGCCUUCCUCAAAGUUACCUGGACUCAGAGGUCAACCUGUUCCUACUGCCUUUUAUGGACAGCGAUUCGGAUGAUGCUCUGCCCAGGGCAGCCCCUGGGAGCGGCCCCCUCUUCUCCCUCCUGCCUGGGUACAAGGGGCACCCCAGUUUCCAGUCUUUGAUUGCCAAGCUUCGGAGCCAGAUUAUGUCUAUGUCCCGGCCUCAGCUCUCCCACACCAUCCUGACAGAAAAGAACUGGUUCCACUAUGCAGCUCGCAUCUGGGAUGGUGUGAAGAAAUCCUCUGCUCUCUCCGAGUACAGCCGCCUGCUGGCCUGAGCGUGACAUCCUUGCAUUGGUAGCUGCCGAACAGCAGCCAGGCUCCCCCCCCCCCGAGCUGGGUGGGCCAGGGCAUCUGAGCUGGCAUCCAGAGGCGCAAAGCGAGGUGUGUCUCCCAGAGAGGGAGCUGUUGGGGGUGGGCCCUAGCCCUCCUUCGGUGAUUCUAUGCAAGUUGCAAGGAGCAAAAACGCAGGAUUGGUGUGGUGUCCCUACUGGGCCACCGUACUGCCUGCCGCCCAGCAUGGG